AGGGCUGAGUGAGGGUGUCCACUCCUUCAGAGGCAAAGGACCCCCACCCUGGAAGGACAGAGCUUGUGGCCUGUACCCACAGCUGAGGACCCAUGGCCAGACUCUGCCAGGCCCUGCUGCUCCUCACGAUCACUGUGACCCUUGAGUCCAGCACGGUGCAAGCCUGGGGUUCCCCGAAGGUGGUGCGGCCAUUCCAGGACAUCUCCUCAUCCUACGUGUAUGUGCAGCAGGCGGUCUGGUAUGCCAAGAAGGAGUACAACAAGGCCAACAAAGACAAGUACAGCUUCCGUGUGGUAGAGAUUCUCAAGUCCCAGGAGCAGGUCACAGACAGUUUGGAGUACUAUGUUGAAGCCAAAAUCACCCGAACAAUGUGCUUGAAAACUGCAGGAGAAAAUGAACACUGGUUAUUUCAAAAGAAUCUCAAAAUAAAAAGGAGGUUUUUUGCAUCUUUAUUGUUAGAUCCAAGCCAUGGAAAUUUGAGCUAUCCAUGCUGAAGAAGCAGUGCAAAGAUGCCUAGCGGUCUCCGGGCAUGCUCCGUGCACACUUCCACUGCGGAGAAGUAAAGAGCCUUCAAGACACCAGCA